AUGGACCUGAACAUCAUAUUCCAGGUGCUUGAGGACAAAAUUAUCACCUUUGUGAGGCAUGAGCUGAAAAGACUAAAGAUUUUACUAAGUCGAGAUAUUCCAGAGGACCUUGAAAAUAUAAAGAAGGAUGAGAUCAUUGUCAGAGAAGGUGUUCUGAAGAUUGCAAUGCACUUCCUCAGGACCAUGGACCACAAUGACCUCGCUGACACUCUGGAGAAAAGUAACCUUAUCAUGACUUGCCAGCGGGACAUCAAGUCAAAUCUGAAGAAGAAGUUUCAGUGUGUAUUUGAGGGAAUAGCAAAACAAGGAAACCCUACACUACUCAAUAAGAUCUACACAGACCUCUACAUCACAGAGGGUGGAACAAGAGAGGUUAGCAAUGAACAUGAGGUCAGACAGAUUGAAACAGCAUCCUGGAGACCAGAAACACAAGAGACACCAAUACAGAGCAAUGACAUUUUCAAACCUUUACCUGGGCAAGACAAGCCCAUCAGAACUGUACUGACAACGGGGGUUGCUGGCAUUGGAAAAACAGUCUCUGUGCAGAAGUUCAUUCUGGACUGGGCUGAGGGAAAGGCAAAUCAGGAUAUCCAGUUCAUAUUUCCUCUAUCUUUUCGGGAGCUGAACUUGAAAAAAAAGGGCAAAUACAGCUUGGUUGACAUUAUUCAUGAUUUUUUCCCAGAAACAAAGAAAAUCAUGUUUAGUGGCAAUAGAAAGAACAAACUUCUGUUUAUAUUUGAUGGUCUGGAUGAAUGUCGACUUCCUUUGGAUUUCCAGCGUAAUCAGAGCUUGCAUGAUGUGACAAAACCAACCUCAGUCGAUGCUGUGUUGACAAACCUCAUCAAGGGGAAUCUGUUUCCCUCUGCUCUCCUCUGGAUAACCUCCCGUCCAGCGGCAGCCAACCUCAUCCCUCCUCAGUGUGUUGACCAGGUGACAGAGGUACGAGGAUUUAAUGACCCACAGAAGGAAGAGUACUUCAGGAAGAGAAUCAGUGAUCAGAGCCUGGCCAACAGAAUCAUCACACACAUCAAGUCAACAAGGAGCCUUCACAUCAUGUGUCACAUUCCAGUCUUCUGUUGGAUUUCAGCCACUGUUCUGGAGAGAAUGUUUGGUGAAGCAGAUGGUGGAGAGAUUCCAAAGACUCUGACUCAAAUGUACACACACUUCCUGAUCUUUCAGACCAAACAGAGGAAUGACAAGUAUGAGGAAAGUGGUGAAAUGCAGGGAAAGUGGAAUAAAAAGAUCAUUCUGUCACUGGGGAAACUGGCAUUUGAACAACUGAAGAAAGGGAAUUUGAUCUUCUAUGAAAAAGACCUGAAAGAGUGUGGCAUUGAUCUCAGAGAGGCAUCAGUGUACUCAGGACUCUGCACUGAAAUCUUCAGAGAGGAGCUUGGCCUGUACCUGGGAAAAGUGUUCUGCUUUGUGCACCUGAGCAUUCAGGAAUUUCUUGCUGCCUUGUAUGUAUUCCUGACAUUCACCAAUAAUAAUGUCAGUCUCUUAUCAACACAGAAAUCUCUCACCAACAGCAUCGGAAAAUCUUUCAGGGGAAAGCAUAUUUUUAGCCUGCAUAAAGAUGCAAUCGACAGAGCCCUAGAGAGUGAAAAUGGACACCUGGACCUUUUCCUCCGCUUUCUCUUGGGUCUCUCACCGGAGUCAUGUCAGGCUUUCUUGCAAGGCCUACAGAAUGAGAAAGGCAGAGGAUCACUGAGCAAAGAGGAUACGGUAAAAUACAUCAAGGAGAAAAUCAGAGAGAAUCCCUCUCCAGAGAGAUCCAUCAGUCUUUUUCACUGCCUGAAUGAGCUAAAUGACCACUCUCUAGUGGCAGAGAUCCAAAGCUACCUGAGAUCAGGAAGUCUCUCUAGAGCUGAACUCUCUCCCGCUCAGUGGUCAGCCCUGGUCUUUGUGUUACUGACAUCAGAGGAAGAACUGGAUGUUUUUGACCUAAAGAAGUUCAUCAGAUCAGAUGAGUGUCUUCUGAGGCUCCUGCCAGUGGUCAAAGCCUCCAGAACAGCUCUACUUAAUAAUGGUGGCAUCACAGAGAAAAGCUGUGCAGCACUGGCCUCAGUCCUGACUUCGCCUUCCUGUAGUCUAAGAGAACUGGAUCUCAGUUAUAAUCAUCUGCAGGAUUCAGGGGUGAAGCAGCUCUCUGUUGGACUGAGGAACCCACUCUGUAAACUGGAGAUACUGAGACUUUCAGAGUGUAGUGUAACAGAGGACGGAUAUGCUGCCCUGGCUUUCACAUUGAGGUUAAACCCCUCUCACUUGAGAGAGCUGGAUCUUAGAGGCAACAACCCUGGAGACUCAGGAGUAAAGUUCUUCUCUGAUUUACUUGAGGAUCCACACUUCAAACUGGAAACACUGAGACUGAGUGAUUGUGACCUAACAGAUGAAAGCUGUUCAGCUUUAAUCACAGCUCUAUGCUCAAACUCCUCCUGCCUGAGAGAGCUUGACCUAAGUAACAAUAACUUGCAAGAUUCAGGAUUGAGGCAGCUGUCCGUCGGACUGGAGAACCCACAGUGUAAAUUAGAAACACUGAGACUCAGUAAUGCUGGCAUUACAAGGAAAGGCUGUGCAGCACUGGCCUCAGUCCUGGCCUCACCUUCCUCUUGUCUACGAGAACUGGAUCUGAGUAGCAAUAGUCUUCAGGAUUUAGGAGUGGAGCUGCUCUCUGCUGCACUGGAGAAUCCACACUGCACACUGGAGAUACUGAGACUUUCAGAUUGUGGAGUAAAAAAGCAUGGAUAUGCUGUUCUGGCUUCAGCUCUGAGAUCAAAUCCAUCUCUAUUGAAAGAACUGGACCUGAGUAAGAAUAAACCAGGAGAUUCAGGAAUGGAACAGCUCUCUGCUUUACUGGGAGAUUCCCAUUGUAAGCUUCGGAAACUUAGUCUGAGUCAUUGUGACCUGACAGCGAAAAGUUGUUCAGCUUUGGUCACAGUUCUCAGGUCAAACUCCUCUUGUCUGAGAGAACUGGACCUCAGUAGCAAUAAUCUGCAGGACUCUGGAGUGAAGCUGCUCUCUACUGGACUGGAGAAUCCAGACUGUAAGCUGGAGAUACUGAGCCUUUGGGACUGUGGAUUAACUGAGGAAGGCUGUACAACUUUAGCUUUAGCUCUGAGUUCAAACCCCUCACACUUGAGAGAGCUGAAUCUAAAUGGGAAUAAACCAGGAGACUCGGGAGUGAAACUGAUCUCUGCUUUCUUGGAGAAUCCACAUUGUAAACUGGCAAAACUUAAACUGUAUAACUGCAAUAUAACAGAGGAAGGUUGUGCUGCUCUGGCUUCAGCUCUGAGUUCAAACCCCUCACACCUGAGAGAGCUCAAUCUGAACAACAACAAACCAGGAGAUUCAGGAGUGAAGCUGCUCUCCAAAAUGGUGAAGAAUCCACAUUGUAAACUGGAAAAACUUCAUCUGUGGAACUGUGCUAUAACAGAGGAAGGCUGUGCUGCCCUGGCUUCAGCUCUAAUAUCAAACCCAUCACACCUGAGAGAACUGGAUCUGAGCUGUAAUAAACCAGGAAAAAUAGGAUUGAAGCUGCUCUCUGAAAUGGUGAAGAACCCACACUGUAAACUGGAGAAACUUCAAUUAUAUUGCUGCAGCAUAACAGUGGAGGGUUGUGCUGCUCUAUCUUCAGCUCUGAGUUCAAAUCCAUCUCACCUAAGAGAGCUGAAUCUGAACGAGAACAAUGCUGGAGACUUUGGAGUGAAGCUGCUCUCUGAUGUGCUGAGGACUCCACAUUGUAAACUGGAGAAACUUCAACUAUAUAACUGUAAUAUAACAGAGGAAGGCUGUGCUGCUUUGGCUUCAGCUCUGAGAUCAAACCCUUCACACCUGGCAGAACUGAAUCUGAGUGGGAAUAAACUGAAAGACUCAGGGGUGAAGCUGCUCUCUGAGGUGGUGAAGAAUGCACGCUGCAAACUGAUGAGACUUCAACUAUAUAACUGCAGUAUAACAGAAGAAGGUUGUGCUGCUCUGGCUUCAGCUCUGAGAUCAAACCCCUCACAUCUGAGAGAGCUGGAGCUUAGCAGAAAUAAACCAGGAGACUCAGGAGUGAAGUUGCUAUCUGUUCUUCUGAAGAAUCCUUAUGUUGGAUUGGAGAAACUGGGUCUGAGUAGUUGCAGUAUAACAGAGGAAGGCUGUGCUGCUCUGGCUUCAGCUCUGACAUCUAAUCCCUCACACCUGAGAGAGCUCAAUCUGAGUGAUAAUAAUUUAGGAGAUUUAGGAAUUAAGAUGCUCUCUGCUCUACAGGAGGAUCCACACUGUAAACUGGAGAAACUUCAGUGAAGACUCAUCUGA